CAGGGGAGCAGUGCCAUGUCCCUCGGCGCGCCCACGAGCAGCGACGCCUGCCUGAGCAUCGUGCACAGCCUGAUGUGCCACCGGCAGGGCGGGGAGAACGAGACCUUCGCCAAGCGAGCCAUCGAGAGCCUCGUCAAGAAGCUCAAGGAGAAGAAGGACGAGCUCGACUCGCUCAUCGCCGCCAUCACCACCAACGGCGCCCACCCCAGCAAGUGCGUCACCAUCCAGCGCACCUUGGACGGACGGCUCCAGGUGGCCGGCAGGAAGGGGUUCCCCCACGUCAUCUACGCCCGGCUCUGGCGCUGGCCCGACCUACACAAAAACGAGCUGAAACACGUCAAAUUCUGCCAAUUCGCCUUCGACCUCAAGUACGACAGCGUUUGCGUCAACCCCUACCACUACGAGCGCGUGGUGGCCCCCACCAUCGGUCUGAGCAUCCAGAGCACAGUGCCCCCCACGCGCCUGGUGAAGGAGGAGUUUGUCCAUGACUGUGUGCAGAUGGAGGUGCCGCCCAGCCGGGAGCAGGGGGUCAAGCGGGCACCACGUCUGCCCCCCGCCGAGCCCUACCGCCAGCCGCUGCCCCCCCUGCAGCUCCCCGAGUCCCCCCGUGUCCCUGGGAGCCUCUACCCCGCGCUGCCCCUGUCACCCCCAGUGGCCCCCGGCGGCUCCCUGCUCUCGCUGCCCCACGGCGAGGGUCUGCUGCAGAUCGCCUGCCCCACACCGCCCCUGGCCGCCCCGGCGCAGCCCCCCCCACAGAAUGGCUACCCCAAGCCGCCCUACCACAGUUCGCCGGCGAGCUGGGCCAGCACGGCCAUCUACGCACCGAGCCUGGGGGGGCCGCAGCCCACCCCCCCGCCGCAGCCCAGCAGCCGGAGCCACCCGCAGCCCCCGCUCCAACACCCCAACCACUACUGGCCCCCCCACCAUAGCUCCGGGCCAUACCAGCAACCAGUGUCCGCCCACCCCAGGCCGGAGUUUUGGUGCUCCAUCGCCUACUUCGAGAUGGACGUGCAGGUGGGGGAGAUCUUCAAGGUGCCGUCCAGCUGCCCUGUGGUCAUCGUGGACGGUUACGUGGACCCCUCGGGGGGGGACCGCUUCUGCCUGGGGCAGCUCUCCAACGUCCACCGCACCGACGCCAGCGAGCGGGCCCGGCUGCACAUCGGGAAGGGCGUGCAGCUGGAGUGCCGGGGCGAGGGCGAUGUGUGGAUGCGGUGCCUGAGCGACCACGCCGUCUUCGUGCAGAGCUACUACCUGGACCGGGAGGCUGGGAGAGCCCCCGGGGACGCCGUGCACAAGAUCUACCCCGGCGCCUACAUCAAGGUAUUUGACCUGCGCCAGUGCCACCGCCAGAUGCAGCAGCAAGCGGCCACAGCCCAGGCUGCGGCCGCUGCUCAGGCUGCCGCCGUGGCCGGCAACAUCCCAGGUCCCGGCUCAGUGGGAGGCAUCGCGCCCGCCGUGGGGCUUUCGGCGGCGGCGGGGAUUGGCGUGGACGACCUGCGGCGGUUGUGCAUCCUGCGGCUGAGCUUCGUCAAGGGCUGGGGGCCCGACUACCCCCGGCAGAGCAUCAAGCACACGCCGUGCUGGAUCGAGGUGCACCUCCACCGCGCCCUGCAGCUGCUGGACGAGGUCCUGCACACCAUGCCUGCCGCCGAGCCGGGCCCCCUGCGCUAA